AAUGAACCCCGCUGAACCCUAAGAUCCGUCCGGACGAGGAGCAGGUGGUAGCCAUGGUGACCAUUCGCGAAGCCCUGCUCUCGGUCGUGGGAGAGAGCGCCGCCUCCAUCCAGCCAAUUGUCGAGGCCCUUGCCGAGCUAGGUUUUGACGAACAUGAACAAGUCGGCACAGCCUUCAGUUUGCUAGAAGCGGACCAAGCGGCAGGCCUCACUGUUCGGCAGCAGUUGACGCUAAAAGCUGCCAUUCAAGCUGUGGCGGUUGACCUGGGCGCGCGGAGCGCGACAAGAGCUGUCUCGGAGUCGGAGUUGAUUACGGGGUCGAUAACGUACUCUUUCACGUCCGCCAGAGAUUUCCUUCGCAACUAUGAGCCCCGUCGGUUGGAGCUGCUGCCGAGCGCGUCAUCACAGACGAUGGGCGUGAAGUGUCAGGUGCCGUCGGCGGUCGAGCCCUGGCACACGUUCGACACGGAUUGCUGGGCGCUACUUCGCGUGCUGCCGGAAGGCGGCCCUCCGGUCAAGGUGGCGGUGCGGGCGCCGAAGUUCGCCACUGUGAGCAACGAGAACAACCUGCAGUUCGAGCUCCUUACCCACCUGCUACAGCCGCUUGAGCUAGCCUUGACGGAGACGGACGACUUCUUCCAAGCCCUUAGCCCAGCACCAGGAGUGAAGAAGGGCAUGACAUCAGCACGCAGUGACUUCGUGCUGCAGUCCCGUGCCAACAACGAGCUGCUGGUGGCGAUCGAGGUGAAGACAUCAGCUGUGUUCUGUGUGCCUAAAGGAAGCAACUUGCCAGACAUGUAUGCGGCCGCUGUCAAGGACACCAAGAACAGCAAGAACAACAACAUCGUCAAGUGCGUGAGCCAGCUGUUCAGCUAUCUCGACGUUGUGCCGUUCGGCGUGGUGGUGACGGACCAGCAGCUCUUCUGCAUGCGGCGGGAGGGCACCGUCCUGCUGUGCAGCCCCAGCAUUCCCCUGGCAGGGUAUGUGCUUUGCCUGGCCAAACGAGGGCGGGGGCACCCCCGUGCAGCAGAGCUGCAGGAGGCAUCUUCUGCUGCAACUGCAGCACGGAAGGAGCUUGAGGCGUCUGGCGGGCGCAGUGCGGACUCACUGACCGCAGUGGCGGCGCUGUACAGCCUGGCGAAGAUGUCCCAGCGGUGGUGGACGCAGCAGCCCUCUGGCGGAGUGGGGCAGCACAGCAACAGCAGUGAUGGUGGCGGCGGAACUGCAGCAUCCAAGCCCGCUACGCUCCUGCCGACUGAUGCAGAGAGCGAGUGCACCUCCAGCCAGCUCUUCCCGGGCCGCAGCUUCGACCCCAGGGUUCCGGGCGGAGUGCCUCCUUCCUUGGGGAGCGCAUGCCUGGGCGUCGUGCUGCAGGGGGCUGUGGGCGGCCGCGCAGCAGCCGUGAAGCUGGUGGACCUGUGGCGGGGGCCGGAGGGCAAGGAGGCGCUGCAGCACGAGGCGCGGAUCUACCAACUGCUGCGGCCGGUGCAGGGCACCCACGUGCCGGAGCUCCUGGGCUUCGGCACCUGCGACGGCUGGCAGUAUUUCCUGGCCACGAGCCUGGAGGGCCCGGCGCUGAGCAGCGAGGAGGGCUGGGCGUUGGGCGAGGAGGUGACCUGCGCGGCCGCCUUCGCUGCCCUGGACGCGGUGCACCGGUGCGGAGUCCUGCACGGCGACAUCGCACUGCGGAACUUCGUCCUGGCUGCGCCGCCGGCGGGCGGCGGUGGCGGCAAGCAGGACUGGCGCAGCGGCAGCCAGGAGGCCAGCUCUGGGCAGCAGGCGCAGCGGCAGCCGCUCGUCCUGCUCCUGGACUUCGGGCUCGCCCAGUCGGUGGCCGAGGCGGCCGAGGAGCAGGGCGAGGAGCCCGCCGAGCUCAUCGGGCGGGAGAGGAUGGAGCUGCGGGACCUGCUGGACUGGGAGCCUCCUUCCUCCCUUCUCCCGCUGGCGGCGGCUGCCUCCGGCACCUACGCGUCCUCGGGUGCGGGGGCCGCAGCGGCCCUGGGGGGCGGCGGUGGCGACCGGCCCCAGCUGCAGCCGCCCGGCUUGCCAAGCCCAGGAGAGGCGCCAGGCCGCUCGGCAGCGGCAAGCAGGCCGGGCAGUCCCGCCGGUAGCGACGGAGCGGGGCCGCUCUCGGCCUUCCUGCCGCCGCGGCCGCUGCAGCCUAGGCCGCACGGCAGGCCCGGCGGGUGGCGCCAGCAGCAGCAGGGUUUCGCCCGGCCUCGGACGUCAUUGGCGCCACGCGUUGAUGGAGGCUUCAGGGCGUCCCGCCUGUCGCUGCGGCGGCUGACAUAAAGGUUCACGACGGAUGGCUGCGGCAGGGACGCGGGGGCUUGCAGUGGCGGCUGCUGGCGGCCGGGGAUGGCGGCGGUCGCCCCCCCCCCCAAACUUGCGGGCGCCCUCGCUGGGCGCCGCGACCAGCGCUGCAGUGGCUGAGGCGAAGGCGGCCGUGGCCGAGGUCCUGGGCGGGUGGCAGGGGGCCGAGGGGCUUUUACGUCGUACGGCGGAGGAAGAGCGCAGCAGUGGAGGCGGGGCGCCGCCGUGGCCGCGCAGCGAGUGUCGGCGAAGACCCUC